GAAUGGUAAUGACCAAACUCGUCGUCGUUUAGCCGUAUACUGCCUGAAAGAUGCUAUUCUUCCUCUGAGGCUCCUAGACAAACUGAUGUGUGUCAUCAACUACAUGGAAAUGGCCAGGGUCACAGGAGUCCCACUGCCAUAUCUAUUGUCCAGAGGUCAGCAGGUCAAGGUUGUGUCACAGUUGCUGAGAAAGGCUAAAGAGCAGGAUCUCUUGUUACCGACCCACAAAGUAGAGACUGGUGACGAAUACGAGGGAGCCACUGUCAUAGAACCAGUCAAAGGUUACUAUGACAUCCCCAUAGCAACCCUGGAUUUCUCCUCCCUGUACCCCUCUAUCAUGAUGGCACACAAUCUGUGUUAUACCACACUGCUUAGUCAACACUCCAUACAGAAGGAGGGAUUAACCCCAGAUCAGUACAUAAAGACACCCUCAGGAAACUACUUCAUCAAAUCUCAGUACAGAAAAGGUCUACUUCCUGAGAUCCUGGAGCAUCUGCUGUCUGCUAGGAAAAAAGCAAAAGCUGAUCUGAAAAAGGAAACGGAUCCGUUUAAGAAGAAAGUGUUGGACGGUCGACAACUGGCUCUGAAGAUAAGUGCGAACUCUGUGUACGGGUUUACAGGGGCUCAAGUGGGAAAAUUACCCUGUCUGGAAAUCUCACAGAGUGUGACAGCUUUUGGCAGAAUGAUGAUAGAGCAAACAAAGACCUAUGUAGAGGAACAUUAUACGAUGGCUAACGGGUAUCAGCAUGAUGCAAAGGUGAUCUACGGAGAUACAGAUUCUGUAAUGUGUAAAUUUGGUGUGGAAACUGUCGCUGAGGCGAUGAAGCUUGGACAGGAGGCAGCCGAACUGAUCUCUGAGAAAUUUAUCAAACCAAUCAAACUGGAGUUUGAGAAGGUGUAUUUUCCAUAUUUGUUGAUCAACAAGAAGAGGUAUGCAGGACUGUACUGGACGAAUCCAGACAAACAUGAUAAGAUGGAUUGUAAAGGAAUAGAAACUGUCCGCAGGGAUAACAGCCCUCUAGUGGCCAAUCUAAUCAACACCUGUCUACAGCUCAUCCUCAUUAACAGGGAUCCUCAAGGGGCUGUGGAGUAUGCUAAGCAGUCUAUAUCUGAUCUCCUGUGUAACAGGAUUGACAUCUCACAACUCGUCAUCACCAAGGAACUGACAAAAACAGGAGACGAAUACGCAGGGAAACAGGCACAUGUGGAACUGGCACACAGAAUGAAGAAGCGAGAUGCAGGAAGUGCUCCACAGCUGGGGGAUAGAGUUCCUUAUGUCAUCAUCGCCGGCACCAAGGGGUCGGCAGCUUACAUGAACUCAGAGGACCCCAUCUAUGUCCUGGAGAACAACAUAGCUAUAGACACUCAGUAUUAUCUGGAGAACCAGCUCUCCAAGCCUCUACUCAGAAUCUUUGAACCAAUUCUAGGCGAGAAAAAGGCAGAGUCUGAACUUCUGAGGGGAGACCAUACCAGGACAAAAACAAAGGUGGCCUCUAAGGUUGGGGGUUUAAUGGCUUUCGCCAAGAAGAAGGAGACUUGUAUUGGUUGCAGGACAGUGCUACAAGAGGAAGGUGUGGCUGUGUGUAAGUACUGUAGACCAAAGGAGUCAGAAAUCUACCAGAAGGAAAUCUCACACCUCAACAUUCUGGAGGAGAAAUUCUCCCGGCUCUGGACUCAGUGUCAGAGGUGCCAGGGCAGCUUACAUGAGGAUGUACUCUGUACCAGUCGAGAUUGUCCUAUUUUCUACAUGAGGAAGAAGGUGCAGAAAGACUUGGCGGAUCAAGACAAGCUGCUGAUGAGGUUUGGGGAUCCCACCUGGUGACAGUGUUAUGUAUGGUGGAGGACAUCUUACAUUUCCAAUCAGAUAGCUCAUGCAAUCAAAUCCAACUCCAACUCAUGUGAUUUAGCAGUUCUUGAAACUCCAAGCAAAUAGGCUCAAAUAAUCCAAUAACUGGCACUGGCUUAAUGCACAUUCUAGUGCAUCCUGACUGGAAAAAGUGCUUCCAACAACAUUCUAAGAUCUGAAUCGUGAUUAACUUAAAAUGUGUAAAUUGAAUCAUUUGACUGUGUUAUGAAUGAAUUUACUAAGAAGUGCUAUGUGAUGCUAUGAUUUGUGACAAUUAAGUGUGAUGAAUAUACAUUUGUAAUUAUUUCAGUGGACAAUGCUUAAUUUUUUCCACUGCAACCUCAUGAUCAUUAAUAAAAAUCUAUGCAAGAAAGUUAAUAAAUUGGUAUUUUAAAACCUCAC